AAGUGGGAAGUCAAAAUUUAGAGGCCAAAAGGAGUUUUUCUCGAAGAAGAAGAGUCCGCCGCAUAGAAUCCUUGCCAAUUUUUAUUUUUCAUUUAUGCCUUCCAUAUUUUGGUUUCUCCGAGGAUGAUAUUCCUAGAGAUAUUGGAAGAUUAUCCAACUUACGUUUUUUAGAUUUGAGGGGCAACAAUUUCCUCUAUCUACCCUUUGAUUUUUCCAAGUUACCAUUGUUGAUAUCCUUGUGUUUGAUUGAUUGUAAGAAUCUUCAAACACUCCCAUCACUAUCAAAUUUAGAGUACCUUGAAAAUCUUUAUCUUAGGAAUUGCCAAAAACUGGUGAAGAUUACAGGGUUGGACUACCUCCCGUCAAUAAAGAUGAUCGACGUGAUUAAUUGUACUUCCCUGCAGAAUCAAUUCAAUGAAGGCUUGUUUAGUGCCCAUGCUCUAUCAACUUCGUCUAUAAACUAUCCAGAUAUUAAGUUACAAAUUUAUAUCGAAAGCAAUGAGAUUCCAGAUUGGUGCAACAAUAAAGUAACAGCUUCAUCUAUUUGUUUGACUAUGCCCACAGUACAGAAUAAUGAGUAUCACUUCUUAGGAAUGGUUCUCUGGUUUGUUUCCCACUUUUGCAAUGUAACCACCCGUCUUCAAAAGUUUGAUGUUUCUAUUGACCAGUCUUCAACUUUUUUCUGGAGUUUUUAUAUACCUGACAGUGAGGGAGAAGUAUCAUGUGUAUAUUACUUAUCUUUCUCAAAUGGUAGACCUUUUAAUGGCCUGAACAUCAUCAAAGGCGGGGAACAGAUAACAGUAAUGGAUGGCAGUGACGGAGGCAUAAUAAAGAAGAUAGGAGUACAUCUGUUAUAUUUAGAUCAACACGGUAAUGUUACUUCUUUCCCAGCAGUUGUGGAUCAUUCUUAUACUCCCAAACCACAAAGAUAGAUGUUUGAUUUGGGUUGAUAUAAAUUUUUAAGCUGACAAAAAGUUGACAAGCAAACUACAUAUUG